GCCGCACGUAGCAGCGGCCGCAGCACCGCUACAGACCGCUGGUCGCACACAACCAAAGGCAGUCUACCGCAACGCCUGCAGCUACUGCGGCCGAGCGUUUCAGCGUGCUUCCGCCCUCCAACGCCAUUGUCGCAGUGCUCUAUGAGCGAGCCCUGAGAGUGUGUGUGUGUGAGGGAACUGAACACCCUCACCUCCCCUGGCUUCCUUCCACCGCCUCUUCUUUUGUCGUCGAAGAUACCAAGGAAAAGCCGUACGCAUGCGAGUUUUGCCACGAAGCAUUCACCCGUACCGACCUGCUCCAACGUCACAUCACCCGCUACCACAAGUCCAGAUGCCGCUCCAUGGCCGCUGGCAACGAUGCUGAUGGGCUUCCGAUCGGCCCAGCAUCGAUGCUGGCGCAGCCUCCAAUGUUGCAUGCCGGGCUCGCGGCGCCAGCCCAACAUUACUCUGUCCACUGGGAUCCGACCAUGCUGCCAGCGUGGUUCGACAAUACGCUUUCUCCUCUCGCAUACAGCGAGGAGCCUGUCAAUUCGGGCAAGAUGGCGACGGCAUCAGAAGCAGACUUCAAUGUUACGGCCGCAGCUCUCGUCAUGGACCUAAUCCUGACGCAGCAGCAAGAGCCAGCACUCAGCUACUCGGCGCCGAGCACCGUCACCUCCACAUCUGCCGCCUCGUCAUCUAGUGGCUCUCCUGGCUCUGGCUACUUCGCACCGCAAUCAAUGCAGUCGAUGGCCAUGCAUGCCGUCAACAGCAGCGGUAGCAGUAGCAGCAGCACCCUCCUCACGCAGCUUCCUGUCAACAGCAACAACGACGUCGACAGCGGCAUUUUGUCAGCGCUACAGGAUUGGCCUACGCCGCUGACGCAGCACCUGGAUUUGUACCGCGUCAACUUUGGGAAUCACCUGCCGUUCAUUCACCUGCCCACCAAGAUGACCGCCGCUGAUCUCCACGCCAUCGACGAGGACCUUCUUCGCGCCAUGGCCAUCGUCGGCGGCAACUACGACGAAAGCGCCUCCGGCGGCGAGGAUCGAGGAAGAAGCCCGGCCAAGCUCAAAUCAUGCGAUUAUUACGGUUGCAGUGUGCUCAAACAGCGCGUGCUGCGCUCGGUGGAGGACAUGCAGAGCCAGCCGUUCAUUCCCGCCGAUGGCAGCAAUGCCGCUCUCUUCCGCAUACGCAUGCUGACCCGCCGCACGCAGACGCUUGUCCUCAUUCAGCUUGUCGCCAUGUUCAGCGAGAGCCGCAAGCACAUGAUCGCGGCCAAACACUCACAUGGCUCUCUCAUUGCUGUGGCAAGGGAGCUGAUACAGGAGAGGAAAAAGCAUGCUAAGACGAAAAGGCUCGACGUCGACUGGCUCACCUGGGUUGCCAAAGAGGAAGCUGCGAGGACGCUUUUGACUGUCUACGUUGUCGACUCGCUUCGGUGCAUCUGCUUCAACAUGCCCAGCUCCCUCAACAAGAGAGAGCUGUCCAGCCUGUCCGAAUUUGACAGCGACGAGCUGUGGAAUGCGCAGGACGCAGACAUGUUCAACCGACUGCGCAACGGCGCGCAAGAUGUCCGAGAGAAGGUCGAUACGCAGAAGGCGGACGGCGAUGUAGCCUCUUCGCAACGCUUAUUUGCUAUUCUUACUAUCUGCAGCGACAUCAGCAGGCUGUUCGAUGCUGACACAGCGACGCGGCAACAGCUCUCACAACAGCUGGAAGCCGCCACCAUCAACAGUAACGACAGAAGUACCACCAGCAUGUCUCUUCAAGCCAUAGACCGCAGCCUCGUCGCGUGCGACACUUCCCUGGCAGCAGCAGUUGAGCAGCAGAUGCAAACACUCACCUCGUGGCUCUCGUGCCUGCAGGCAUCUACAGCGGAGCACUCGCCACCGCGCGGCAAUAGGCCCUUCCUGCAGGAGGUCAUGCCAUGGUACUGGAUGGGCCAGCACUUGCUCGCGUUGUUGCGUGCACGCAUCGUCGUUCCCACGGGCAGCACAGCCGUGACACCCAACCCGUCGAACAUCGCUCAGCGCCUCGCGCUUUAUGGCGACGGGGAGGGGGACGACAACGAGUCAACGGACAUGGCGUACUCCGAUUCGUCCAACAACAUAAUGCACCUCAUCGUCCAGAUGCGCACCGCCUUGCGACGCGUCGACGGUGGUGCGCUCAUGUAUGCUGCUCUCGGCACCAAUCGCUUGCGCGACGCGCUCCCGGCACUUCCGCCUAGUGUCUCCGCUGCUUCCAUUACCGGCUUCUUCCCCCAGCUGGGCUCAAUAUAAGGUGUGCUAGACAUUGUAGAUUUUCGCAUACCCCAGCUGUAUAUUGGAACGAGUUUGUAAAAGUAUCACUAUCUAUGUAUGUGCAAUCAGAUUUGCCUUUC